CUCACCAGAUAAAUGCGCUCGAGGGUUGAGUGACUGAGAGUGAGUGAAUGUGUGUGUCGCGCAGAUUACAAAGAGGAGUCCACGGACCGAGAGCGCGCGGCGGCGCCCCGCAACCCGCGACACAAUGUAGCAAACCGACACGCCGUGAUCUUCCACGAGAGUCUAGUUUGACCGGACCGGACCGAGGUGAACUGAACUAUGCCCAGCGCCGAAAGAACUUUACCUGAACUCGAGAGGAACUCUUUCUUUCACUGCGAAAUGGCGGAGAGAGGUGCUGAUGUGCACACCCUCAGCGUGCCAAUGGUCAUGCGUAGAGGAGGUUCAGAGACUUGUUUAGAUCUGGAUUCUAAUCUGGUGGUUCGGGACGGCCCACGAUCACGUACUGGUCUAAACACCCUGCAGCAGAAAGUGCUAAAAGUGAAAGAGCAGCUGAGAAUUGAGCAAAAUUUACAGGAUGAAAAUGUGGCUGAGUAUCUCAAACUCAUCAACAGCGCCGACAAGCAGCAGAGCGGCCGCAUCAAACAGGUGUUUGAGAAAAAGAACCAGAAAACGGCACACAAUAUCGCUCAGCUUCAGAAGAAGCUAGAGCAGUAUCAACGCAAGAUGAAGGAGUGUGACAUCUCAAAUUGGACCAAACACACCCCACCACACUCCAAAGAAAAUGAGAUGCUCAAAGACAACCUCAAGGACAGUGUGGUCACAGGAAGUGGGCACCACUCACAUUUGGACAAAGUCAAAACUAUCGGCCCGGGAGUUUCACUGUCACCACCAUUCUUCUUCAGCAAAUCCAAAGGGAUUGCAAACCUCAUUCGCAACAAAUUUGGGAGCGCGGACAACAUUGCACACCUGAAGAGCACUAUGGAGACAGGAAGUGGGCUACAGGCGGAAGGGGGAGCCCGAAAUCUGAGCGGCAGCGCCACCAUAACCCCUAAACCCAAAUACCCGAGUGAUGACGAGUGCUCCACAGAGACGUCAAUGUCCGUUGAGAGUAAUGGUCAUGUGACUGGAUCAGGUGUGGCAGGGUCUGGGAGAGAAGAAGGCCAAGGGGAAAACAGCAGCCGGCUGGUGGAAGCUUGGGAGGAGAUCAGGGAGUUGAGGGAAGCUCAGAAUCUACUGUCAGAAGACAUUGACACUCUGAAGACCCAGUUUAAAUGUGAAUUUGAGAGUAUUAUGCAAACACUACAAGAGGAGCGGUUCAGGUGUGAGCGGUUGGAAGAACAGCUGAAUGACCUCACAGAGCUACAUCAAAACGAGACCGGAAACCUUAAACUGGAGCUAGCCAGCAUUGAAGAGAAGAUGGCCUAUCAAGCUAAUGAACGAGCACGAGAUAUACAGGAUGCUUUAGAAGUUUGUCAGACGCGAGUGAGUAAGUUGGAGUUACAGCAACAGCAGCAGCAGGUCUUGCAGUUGGAAAGCGCCGAUGCCAAAGUGCUGCUGGGAAAAUGCAUCAACAUCAUGCUGGCCAUCGUCACCGUGAUCUUGGUGUGCGUCUCCACUGCUGCUAAGUUUUCCGCUCCACUGAUGCGGAGUCGUCUACACAUGUUUGGGACUUUCGUAUGUGCAUGUCUACUGCUGUAUAGCUGGAGCAACUGGGAGCAUUUGCAGUGUGCAAUAGAACGAAUGCUGCUGCCCAGAUGAGGGAUGUGACACAUGCAUGUUCAGUGAUGUUCUCUCAGAUAAAGUGCUCCUCCUGGGAUGUUCCCUUCAUAAUGUGACUGUCCCAAGACGACGGCUUUAACACUUUCUUUCUUUUCUUCUUCUUUUUUUUUUGGUCUGUUGUGUUUUUGUGUGUUUGUGAAAGAGUAUUCAUGAUGUACUGUAGCAGAAACGGAUCCAUCUCUGUGACUAUAUUGUGUUAUUUCAAAUAACUUUUGUUAGCUGUGUCUUAAAAGUAAAGGUUACACGUUUUAUGUGCUUUUUUAAGAGGCGAUGUGUGUAUAGUCUCACAAAAACACAUCUGGGUAAUAUUUCAUCCCAUAAUCAUAAGAACAAAAUAUUUUGCAUAAAGAACAUGAAGACUAAUUAGAGACCAUAGUUUUAUUAUUAUUAUUAUUAUUAUUUUGUACUGUGACAUUAUUGUCAUGAUUUUCUCUUGGGUGGUUUACUUUUGAGUAAUUAUUUUCAACUUUUUUUUUCUCAUUUUAAUAAUAAGAUUUUUAUUGCAGUAAUGAGAAUGUUUGGGAAAUGUUUAAUUAUAAUGUUAGAAUGCAAAAAAAGUUAACGGUCUUAAAAAAAUGCUUGAUUUUCUUCAUGCAGUAAAAUGUAUGCUUAUUUUUUUUAUUUUAAAUUUUGGGCGAAAUACAAACAAAUACGCACAUGUUUUAGACAUGCUUUGUGAGUUUUAUCCGUUUACUGUCUUCUAGCAUUAUUUGUACUAUUGAAAUGGCCUGAAGUUCUUUUCACUAGCACUUUAAACUCAGCGCCCAGGUUUAUGAGAUUCUGUGUGGGGCUUUUUUAAAAUUUUUAUUAUUAUUCUUUAGUCUGAGGAGUGGUGCACUAUACUGACCACAAAAGAUGGAAACACUGUCUUUUUGUUUGUUGUGUAAUAGAAAUGCCUUGGGAGUUAUAGAAACUAGAACAUGAGAAGGAAACAAAUGUCUCUGUCAAGUUUAUGUAACAUAUUCGGAACUGUUCCUCACGGAAGUAAGAAUUACUAUUUUUAUAUACAUUUUUAAUUUGCUUUGUUUAAUGAAUGAUUUAAUGAUUCCCACCUUGCAAAUUGAUUUCAGCAUGAUUACCACUGUCCGUUUGAGUGUGUGCCUGCCUGUGAUUUUGACUGAAGAUUGUAUAAGCCACAAAAUCUGAAUUUACCCAUCCACCCGAACUAAAAUGUGGUGUAUAAUUAGUUUUAGAGGCCUUUUACCUUUAAGCAUGGAGAAAGUGAUUUUAUUUUAUACAUGCUUCAGUGUCCAUGUGGUAGGAGACUGGUGUGGUCUUAAAUAUGGUCUAAACUUAAAAAUAAACGGCCUCAUUUUUACUGAAA